AUGGCAACAACAGAAAAAGAUGGUUCAUUUGAGACUAAGCUCCCAUUAGGCAACUCAAAAUCUCCUAUGAACUGCCUUGCCAGGAUUCUUGGAGGGCCAGACCAGCUCUAUGCUUCAAGGAAAGUCAUGGCUUCUGAGAUUGUCAAGACCCAAGAGCCUAACUCCUACACCAUUUCAACUCCUCUUGGUUUCACCACAUCAUGCCCUUUGAACAUAAAAGAGGCAGCUUGCAAAGCCAUGAACAAGUUUGGCUCAUCGAAGACCGUUAAUCUGCCUGUGCCUCCAGAGUGGGGCUUGGCACCCUCAAGCUAUUAUGUUCCCUUCAUCCCUAUCAUUGGCAUACCUUAA